AUGGGCACGUCGUGGACCUCGCCGACGCCGCAUGGCCACACGCCGCACGUCGGCGCCGCGUCGGCGACAUGCGCCACUGGCGAUCUUCUGCUUUGCCGAGCGCUCGUCCGCAAUGCGCACAUGAUGCUGGACCUCAACCCCGUGCUCGCGAUGGGCAUUGCGACCUCGACUGUCUCGGGGACCUUUGCGACCAAGAAGCGGACACUACCAGCGUGGACGAGCGUGCACGUGCUCGUACGUCGCGCCGACGUUGUGCACGCCAUCGUCUGCACGCACGAGUGCAUUAGCCUCGUGCCACUCACAACCGUCGUCGCUGCGCAAUCGAAUAGCCCAUUAAGCCGCUGUGCCUGGCGACGCCUCAACGCUGUCGUGCCACCGACCGACCUCGCGACCCUGCAUGGCCUCGUCGACGACCUCGUGCCGCUGCUGCCCCUCGCGUGGCGUGACGUGAGCGCCCCAUCGCUUCCACCGAGCGUCCGCGCGGUCGUCCAGCGCAUGUGCGGCCUUCUCCGGCAAAGCGUGGUGGCGAUCGCACCGGCCGAGGAGGACAUGCUCCGCUACGCGUUUCGCAACCACGAUGGCGACUGCCUCGGCUGGCUUUUUGUCGAGGACGUGGCCAAGCUCGCGCCCGAGAUCGAGGCCAUGGGCAUCUUCAAGGCCGGAACGUCGUGGGUCGACGAGCUCCAGGCCCUCCUCGCGCGCGACGGCGCCACUGCGAAUGGCGAGAGCCUCCGCUUCACCGCGUCCGACCUGGUCGUCGCCGCCAAAGCGGUGCAGCGACAGCACAUUUCCGCCGAGUACGACGUCACGCUCUAUGCGAGCGCGGCGCUCGCUGCCGCGUUCUACGAGCACGCGCGUCUCCUCGUGCCCGAGCAGCUGCUUCCGUCGGGCGCGCCCAAGCCUCUUGUGCCCUUGGCCUUUUCCCAGGCGUGGCAAGCGACGGCCGCGCCGCGUCCAACCGACCCGCCGGCGGCCAACGACACCUUGACGUGGCUCAUCCCAGACCUCUGGAGCGACCACGUGCUGCUCCAACCCGCGUAA